UCCCCAACCUUCGCCUCCAAACUCCGCCAACUCGCCCUCCCCCUCGCCCCCCUCGUGCAGCUAACCAGUGGCACCGUGCACCCCGAAUUUCCCCAGACGUUGCUCAGCUUCUGGCUUUUGACCGACGACCAGCUGGACCGACUAGCGAGCUUCUAUCACCAGCGCACGCCAUGCCAGUGGACGGCGCACUACCCUUGUCCGGUGUCAUGGCCGGCAGGCAUGGGGAUCGAGGAGAAGCGGAGGAGGAUUGGACGGUUUAUUGGGCUGAGGGGGUGUGAGAGUCCGUUGCCGACGGGG